AUGCAUCUCCAAUCCGCUUGCGUGGUGACCACAUUGGUCCUGUCUGUGCUAGCUCUCCCUCAACCGCUCGAAGCGCUGGCCAGCUUAGACAGUGACAAUUCCCAAGGCUGCAUUCCCCAAGAUGACCUUGAACCAAAGAAGCGCGCUGCAGCUGUUGAAGUCCGCAACAAGGGCUUCACCUACGGGCCGUCAUUAAUAGGUCAAGCUGCAUUCUUCCCCAACGGCACUUUGGGCAACGCCAGGUCCAAAGCAGACUAUGAUCUGUGGGCUGUUGAUCGCAAGGAAAUCGACAGCCGUAUCAAGAAGGACGUCGAGGCUGUUCAGGCAGCCAUCAAGGGAAUUGGUGGUCUCAAAACCCUCAACGACUACGCCACUGUUCUUUACCGAAACCAAUGGAAGAACGCAAAUCCUCGCAGUACAGCGCCCGGAAUCAUGACCAAUUAUACGCAGGAUUUACUCUUUAGCAUGGAGCGGCUAAGCCAAAAUCCCUACUCUGUGCGGGCGGUGAAACGUGCAGAGGCGCUGCCGUUCAAGGUGUCGACUGAUCUCGUUCGAAAAAUUACAGGAACUUCUCUUGAAAACUUACAUGCUAAGAGUUUGUUGUUCUACGUCGACUACAGAUGGCAGCUAAAGUAUCCCAAGACUACGGUUGAGCCUAAGCGAUAUGGAGCUGCUGUGGAAGCUUACUUCUUCAUUCAUCCCAAGACUAAAGACUUUCUUCCGCUGGCUAUCAAGACUAAUGUCGGCGAGGACUUGAUAUACACGCCUCUCGAUGAGCCUAAUGACUGGCUGCUCGCCAAGAUGAUGUUUAAUGUCAACGACAUGUUUCACUCGCAGAUGCUUCAUCUAGUCAUCACACAUGAUGUGUCGGAAGCAGUUCACCAAGCUGCUCUUCAUACUCUAUCUGCCAAGCACCCCAUCAUAAUUAUUCUAGACCGCCUCAUGCUCCAGGGGUAUUCAUCCAGAAUCGUUGGAGAGGAGCUGUGUUUCAAUCCGGGCGGCCACUGGGAUCAGCUCAUGUACAUCAACAACGUCGGAUGCCGAGACUACGUUACCGAGACGUGGCCAGUCGCUGGACGCUACCAAGCGGGCUAUCUGCACAAUGACCUCCGUGCUCGUGGUCUCAUCAACGAAAAGAACGAAUAUCCGUUCAAGUUCUUCCCGUUCUUUCAAGACGCGAAUGAGAUCCAUGGGGUGUACCGGACGUUCUUCAAGUCUUUCAUCGACGCGUACUACAAGUCUGAUGGUGAUGUCGCCAAAGACUACGAAGUUCAGAACUGGUUUGCCGAGGCCACCAAGAGAGCCAAGGUACAUGACUUCCCUCAGGGCAAACCUGUAUACAAAGCCGCGCUUGUCGAUGUCCUCACGCACUUUGGCUUCAUCGUCAGUGUGGGACAUCAUGCCCUUAACGGCGGUGACCCUGUUGGUUCAAAGGCCACUCUGCCAUUCCAUGUUCCUGCGUUGUAUGCUCCUAUCCCGGAGGCAAAGGGCGUCAAGGACCUGCUGCGGUUCAUGCCUCCUGCGCCUAACGCGGUGCGCUACAUUGCCUUUAUUGCGUCGUUUAAUCGCCCUUUUUAUGAGACAUCCGCGAGGACUCUGGAGCAUGCAUUCUCUCAGGAUCAGAUGUUGGGGAGAUUGAAUAAGGCGACUAAGGAUGCGGCUGGGAAGUUCUUGGGUAGUAUGCAGGCAUUAAGCGGUAAGAUUCGCGGCAGGAAGUUUGAUAAAAAUGGACUGAGCUUGGGAAUGCCGUUUAUUUAUCGGACGCUGGAUCCUAAUUAUAUUCCGUUUUUCUGUUCUGUGUAG